AUGACCGAUCCGCUCGACCUCUCGCUCGAUCUGCUGCGGCGCCUCCCGCCGUCCAAGGUGGAGGCCAACCUCGAGUCGAUCGUCAAGCUCAUCCCUUCGUAUGCCGAUGACCUCUACUCGUCGGUCGACCAGCCGCUGCGGGUCAAGAUUGACGACUCCAAGCAAGGUGCUGGCCGCGAGUUCCUGUGCUGCGACUACAACAAGGAUGGCGACAGCUGGCGCUCGUGGAUCUCGGAUACCUGCCAUCCGCCCAUCUCGGCUGAUGCGGAUGAAUCGGUCGACGGAGAGCCAGGCACCCGGCCCAGCGCUUCGCUUCGAUCGCUCGAGCUCAAGUUCAACGAUGCCUUUGAAACGUACGCCAAGCUCUAUUACGAGAACGCGCUGUCGAGCGUGUAUCUGUGGGACCUCGAAAGCGAACCAAGCUCGCUCGCCUCGGCUGCCGUCGGCGGCACCCAGGCACCUUCCACCUUUGCUGGUGUGGUGUUGCUCAAAAAGACGAUCGGACAAGACGGUGGCAACGGCGUCGCGGGCGCAUGGGACUCGAUCCACGUGUUUGAGGCGACAGAACGCGCGAGUGGCAGCUCGAGAUCGCCGUCGGCAGCCACUGGCGCCAGUGCGAGCUACAAGCUCACCUCGACCGUCAUGCUCAGCCUCGUGCGUCGCGACGAGGGCGGCGAUGCGGCAGACGCAAAAGCCACGUCCACGCGUGUCGGCACCGUCGAGAUCGCCGGCAGUCUCACACGCCAGUCCGAGGCAGACUAUGCGCUGCCCGACUUUGUCUCGCACGUCGCCAACGUCGGCCGCAUGAUCGAGGACAUGGAGGCCAAGAUGCGCAACCAGCUCCAGGAGGUCUACUUUGGCAAGACCAGAGACGUCGUCGGUCAGCUUCGCAGCACCCAGAGCCUGGAGAAGGAGAGGCGUGCGCGAGACCUUCAAAAGGAACUCAUGGGUCUCUGGAAGAACAGCCAUGUCUCUCUGCGAGCGGUCUCGCGUCUGCCAUCGCCUGAGUAUCAUCCGGCCGAGGACCAACUCUCGCAAAGGAAAAAAGAGUCGGCGGCCCUUGCGCAGACAUCCUCCGCACAGCUCAUGCAGGGUUCUGCUCUGCGCGCGGAAAAAAGAGGCUCUCCAACUCGGCGCCCAUGCACCGCCUUGGCUCAGCCUGCCGCUCGCCCGGCUCCCGCUCAGUUGCGCAGCGAUGCAGCUACCCCGCAUGCAGGCGUCGGUGCAGUCGUCGCCUUCGAGCUUGCUGUUUUUCGGCCAUGGCGGAAUGAAAACUGGCCGCACGGCUUCGCACACGGCGUCCGGAACGAGUUCUUCAAGCUGCGUCAAGAGGUGGAGCAGGCCGUCAACGAGAUCCAGCGCGACUUCCGCACGCGCAGAGACGAGCGACGACGAGGCGACGACGGCCAUACUCGGCUGAACGACGACGAGCUCGAUGACUUCCGCAGAGGCGUGGGCGAGGAGGCGAGCAGCGAGAGAUCGCAGCAUGAGUUCGAGAUGCACGAGCGCGAGGCGUCGGCCUAUCGCGACCAGCUACGCGCUUCGAUGAUGCAAGCUUCCGGCUCGAAUCCUCAUCACAGCAGCGACGGGCUCAGAAGGCGACGCAGAUCGACGGCUGAUGGUGCGAGCGGUGUCGCUCAAGACGAGAACGCCACCACUACAGCUGUUGACGAGGUGCGUAUUACAGCCUCACCCGAGCUGCCGCAUCACAAGCUGGGCAACGCUUCGCCCAGCAUCGGAGAUACGGCCUCGCUGGCCGACGCCGGCGAUUCGCGCUUCAACUCGGUCAGAGGCCGUGCGAUCAAAACCGAGCCACGCGAAGCUCUCGCAGAAGACGCCGCCGAAAACGACGCGGCCAAGAACGGCCUUCUGGGUCUGGAUUUCAGCCGGCCUGACACUCCGCCCUCGCUGGACCCUGCUCCAUCCGAGCCGCAUCAAGACUCGGCACCAUCACAGCGCGAUCCUUUUGCAGACAUCGUUGAUGACACCGCCUCAUCGUGGCACGCGGUCUUUGACAAUCGCAGUGCCGCCCUUUCUCGCCGCAACACCGAUGAUGAGGUGUCUGUCAUCGAAUAUCCAUCUGUGCGCGGCCACUCGAGCGAGGAAGGCCAUGUGGAGCUCGACACCAAUGGCCUCUCGCAGACACUCUCCGAGCAACACCUUGGAGCACCUCGCCAUGACGGCAUGAGCAGCGUCGGGUCGUCUCCGUACCGCUCGAACCGUGCGCUUGCUGAACCGAGUGAGGGCUCAGGUGCGGGUUCGAGAUCAGACAGGAGCGAGCCCGACUUUGAGGUGAUCAGCGACACGGCGGAGUCGGAAGCGCGCUGGUCGCAUCUGGAUGCGCCGCCGAGCCCGACGAUCUCGAGCGCGAGCGAGGCGCUCAACGUCACGGUGCGUCGGGAGGCAGCGCUAUCGCCUGCGCACAGCGAUGCCGGUGACAGCGACAGCUGGGCCGGACUCAGCGAGCCUGGCUCCGACACUGAGGCUCCGGUAGGCGCAAGGAUGCAGUCGGGUAGCCUCACGCGCCUGGCCUAG